AUGGGGCCACUGGGAGGAUUCCCUCAUCGGCCUCACAUCGUGGUAACAUCUGAGCCAUUUCCCUCUCACGAGGCUAUAGAGGUGGAAGAUCCUGCCAAACCUGGAGGAAAACGUUCGUGGUUCAAGGGUACGAUGGACAACGUGAUGCAGUGCCUCUCUGCUGCCAUGAAUUUUUCGUACUCGUACAAAAGGCCGCAGGAUAAAAGCUGGGGUGGUAUUAAGGCUGAUGGGUCAUCUACUGGUAUGCUGGCGUUAGUAAUGAGCGAGGAGGUUGAAUUUGCCCUUGGGCCGUUCAACAUGAAUCCCUCUCGAAAUAAAGCAAUGGAUUUUUCUGGGUAUAUUCAAAUAAUGGAAUACAGAAUUUUGGCUGCACGUGGUCGUCCUACUGCUGACCCUUGGGGAUUUCUUUUGCCCCUGACGCCAUUGGUUUGGGUAUCCACUUUGAUUGCACUGCUGGGAGUCUUGAGUUCCAUACUGGCAUUGCGCUACCACCUGUUUCUCAAGUCGCCAAACGAUGCCGCGCCAGUGACUUUUCCCUUCAGCUGUGUUCGUGUUAUGCUUCAACAAGAAAUUAAUGAAGAAAAUGUUGAUGGGGGUGUCAAGGCACUUACGUUAGAUUCCAGAAGAGCAGUCCGACCUGGGGACAUUUGUGGUCCCCUCUGUCCGGAAAUGUACUAUGUGCUCCACGGCCUUCUGUUAUCUUUGCUUAUAUUCGUGGAUGAAAGGGUCUAUGGGACUGAAAUCCCAACUAUGUAA